AUGACGACGACGAACAACAACAACAAUGAAGAAGAAGAAGCACAACAAAAGUGCGCGAAAAUCCUCGACCAUCUCCGCUCGAUGAACGAAUCAGAGAGAGAGAGACAAACGCGUUUAGAUUUGAGCGAGUGCGGUUUGCGCGCGGUACCGAAAGAGGUUUUGCGGUUACGAAAUCUGGAAUUUCUCAAUCUCGGGAAAAACAAGUUGCACGCGCUGCCGGAUUCGUUCGCGAAGGAUUUACCGAACCUGAAGAUCUUAUUCUGCCUCGCGAACGAGUUCAGGAAAGUUCCAGAAGUUCUGGGCGAGAUGGAGCACUUGUUCAUGCUUUCGUUCAAAGCGAAUAAAGUGCGAGAGAUACCGGAGCAGUCGUUACCGAUUGCGUCUUUAGGAUGGUUGAUUCUGAGCGAUAACGAGAUUGAAGUGUUGCCGAAGAGUUUAGGAAAGUGUCGAAAGAUGAGGAAGUUGAUGUUAGCCGGGAAUAAAAUCAAGGAAUUGCCGACUUUUAUGAGCGAAUUGGUAAAUUUGGAGUUAUUGAGAGCGAGCGAUAAUCGGAUCGAAGUAUUUCCGGAGUUUUUGUACCGGUUGCCGAAGCUGGCGUGGUUGGCGUUCGCGGCGAAUCCGUGCACGGAAAAAGCGGCGGCGAACGCGAUGGAGAGAGGUACACGAGCGGUCAAACGCGUCGUUAAUUUUGAGGAUUUAGGGGUGGAUGAAGGGAAAAAAUUGGGCAGCGGCGCGAGUGGGACGGUGUAUCGAGGAGAAAUGGACGGAUUCAACGUCGCGAUUAAAGUGUAUAAUAACAUGGGGAAAACGAGCGACGGGAGGCCGGAAGACGAGAUGGCCGCCGCGAGUUUAGCGACGUCGACAACGAGUGAUAUAGUCGAGGGAGAACAAGAUGAGCAAGAGGAAACCGUUGGUAGCGGCGGCGUCAUCGAAACGUUGGCGAAAUUCACCACCAAAGACGGCAAACGCGGUCUCGUGAUGGAAUACUUAGACCCGACGGAUUGGAAAAACUUGGGCGGGCCGCCCAGCUUCGAAACAGUUACCCGAGACGUGUUCGAUGAAAGAGAGGGAAAAUUCACCGCGCGAGAAAUUCUAGCCGUCGCCGUUAACGUCGCCAAAGGUAUCAAUCAGCUGCACAAAAAUGGCGUCUGCCAUGGCGACAUCUACGCGCACAACAUUCUCAUCGACCGCGACGAGGAUUACCCUUCGGCGAAACUAGGAGAUUUCGGUGCCGCGAUGUUUUUCGACGACGACGAGAAUCCUCAAUUUUCACAAAUGGUUCGCGAGAACGAAGCCAGAGCGUUCGGGUGUUUACUCGACGACAUGUUAGUCAACUACGACGGCACGCGAGGCGGCUCAAAUACCGUUAUGAUUCGCGAGAACAUUGAAGCCGGCCAAACGCAAUACGCCGGCAACAAAAUAUUUAUGGAACCGAAGAGUUACCGACCAUCGACGCACCUCGAUAACGACGAAGGCAAAACCGAAGGAGAACUCACGCCUGCGCAAAGCAGAGAAGAACGAGAACGACGACGAGACGAACACUUACAAAAAAGAACCCACGAGCGGCGCGAAGCAGAUAAAGGACUCGUCUCCAUAAACCUCCCAGAAGACGGCCACGAAAAAACCAUCGCAUCUUUGCGUCAACUCGCGGACAACCUCAUGCACCCAACCCGCUCGGUUCGUCCCAAAAAUUUCGAAGCAGUCGUCAAACGCGUCCAAGAAAGCGAGAAACUCUUCUUCGGCGACUAUUACGCGAAAAAACUCGAAAGCCUCCAGAUUCUCCAGCGGAGAAGGUACGACGUCGAUCUUCUCAGAGAUAGGAGUCUUUUUCGAAGGAAGGACCCUAAGCGCAGGGAGGAGAGAAACGAUGACGACAAAGAGACAAAGUAG